GCAGCGAUGAGUUUUUUCAAUGCUUCAAUACGCUGCUUCAAUAUUUCAAUUUCACAAAAUUUCCAACGUUUGAAUUGAGCGGUUGCUGCGCUGCGUCUCCGCAACGUUUUUUUUCGUCAGAGUGAAGAAGAAAAGAUAUAUCUCUACAAAUCUGAAGAAGGGAAAAGUCGUCGAGCCAAGUGAAAAGUGACCAAGUUUCGUAAUAGCAAUAAAAAGUAAUAUCCGAGUAAAAACGGCAAUUGGCGCAUUGCAAAUGCAAAUUUAAAGUGUGCGAACGAGCAGGAAAGCAAGCCAGCAAGCGAGAAAGAGUGUGCAAAGAAGAGGCGGCAAUAAGCAACACACACAAACACACAAGUACACACAUCAAAGAGAGCUACAAACAAAACGAAAUUGUUACUAAAAAAAAAAAACGUUCUCCAAGCAGCGGCAAAAAACAACACAAAAGAAAACGUACGUGUCUGGGCAUUGAUUUUCCCCAAUCUAAAGAAUUUUCGUGAACGGCAUGCAGCUAAGCGACAGUAUUUUUGCUCAACACUAAAAUAAAUAUAUAAACAAGAUACAGAAGGGAUACCCAGCACUUUUCACUACAGAGAUACAGAUACAAAUCUUAGCCGUGAUUAUUUGUUGCAUUUUUUUGGACACACGGAGGAAACGAGAUAGCGAGCUUAAGCCAGAAACAACAACAACAACAAAAGAACAACAACAACAACAAGAAGAAAACGUAGUACGACUAGCAAAAGACACCACCAAUUUCUAAUUUUGAACUAAAGAUAAAGUUAAAGAUACAGAUACAGAUACAGAUACAUAAAGAUAAUACCACAAGAAAGUAGCCAAAAUCUCUAUAUGUUUAGUAUAUAUAUUGAUCAUCGUAUAUGAACAGUAUAUAGCAUAAAGUUAUACAUAUAUUUACAACAACAAAGCAACAGCAGCAACAACAACAACCCCAAGGCCCCAUCUCUAGAAAAGAGAGAAAAAGUGCUUAGAGAGAGAGAGCGAGAGAGACCGCAGGUCCGAUAAUCAGAUACAUAUUUUAAUCCCAGACGAGACACAGAAAAGGCUUCAAGAUAGAUACCAUGGAGGACAAUAACACAAGCAGCAGUGCGGGCGGUACGUCCAUCAAACACGAGGACCCAUCGGUGACACUCACAAUAAGGCUGAUUAUGCAAGGAAAGGAAGUUGGUAGUAUUAUUGGUAAAAAGGGUGAAAUUGUCAACAGAUUUCGUGAAGAGUCUGGUGCCAAAAUUAAUAUAUCGGAUGGGUCGUGCCCGGAACGUAUUGUGACUGUGUCUGGUACAACUAAUGCAAUCUUUUCGGCAUUUACGCUCAUCACCAAGAAAUUCGAAGAGUGGUGCUCGCAGUUCAAUGAUGCAGGCAAAAUUGGCAAAACUCAAAUACCCAUACGAUUGAUUGUGCCCGCCAGUCAAUGUGGAUCGUUAAUUGGCAAAAGUGGCUCAAAGAUCAAGGAAAUACGCCAGACUACCGGCUGCUCCAUACAGGUGGCCAGCGAAAUGCUGCCCAACUCCACAGAGCGAGCGGUUACAUUGAGUGGCAGUGCCGAGCAGAUCACCCAGUGCAUCUAUCAGAUUUGUCUUGUCAUGUUGGAGUCCCCGCCACGCGGUGCCACCAUACCGUAUCGACCAAAACCGCAAGUAACUGGCCCUGUUAUACUGGCCAAUGGACAGGCCUUUACUAUUCAAGGCAACUAUGCAGUGCCCACACAAGAGACCUGUCCAGUAUUUCCACUUGCCCUGGCUACCGGCGGCCUACAUGCUGGUAUUUCAGGCUUAGCGGAUCCUUUAUUAAAGGGGGCACAUUUACAAGGAGCGGUACCAGCACACCACCAUCACCUACAGCAAAUGCCCGAUGUGGCCAAGAACCCGUUGGCCAGUCUGGCUGCCCUGGGCCUGGCUGGCAUGAACCCAGCCAGCACUGGGGGCAUCAACCACACAGGUGAGUUGAGCGCUUCAUCGAUCAGAGGCCAGGCAGAUUUCCAAUCUAAUCUAGGCUCUGCCCCAGCAGCCCUGGCUGCACUGGCCGGGUCGCAACUGCGUACAGCCAACGCCGCCAAUCGCGCCCAACAGCAGCAGCACGAGAUGACCGUGUCCAAUGAUCUGAUCGGUUGCAUUAUCGGCAAGGGUGGCACCAAGAUUGCCGAAAUCCGCCAGAUAUCCGGCGCCAUGAUCAGGAUCUCCAAUUGUGAGGAGCGCGAGGGCGGCAAUACCGAUCGCACUAUAACCAUUAGUGGCAAUCCGGAUUCGGUGGCCCUGGCCCAAUACUUAAUCAAUAUGAGCGUUGAGCUGCAGAAGGCCAAUCUCCUGGAGCAGGCCCAGGCCCAGCAGAACGGAGGAGCGGCUGCUGUGGGAGCCGGAGCUGUGCCCGGAGGAGCUGGAGCCACCGUCGGCGGCGGUACACCCGCCGCGGGCACCAACGGAGCCCUGACCACAGUGGCCCUCGCCGCAGGAGGAGCAGCGGCAGCGGCAGCGGUUGCAGCUGCAGCUGCUGCUGGCGCAGGGGCAGGCAGCAACGGCAGCCCCACGGGAGCCGCCAACGGAAGCAGCAGCUCGAUCAGCAGCAAUGGCAGCGUCUCCGCCUCGUAUGCCGGCGUCAAUGGCAACCAGAGCAGUGCCGGAACCCCCAAUGGCACCGCGGCCGGGAUCAAUCCGGUGGCGGCUGCUGCCGCCCUCAACAGCCCCCUCGCCUCGGCCCUGCAGCUGCUGACCAAGCCGGGUGCCCUGAGCGCCCUGUCCAACCUCAGCGCCCUCGAUCUGCUGAGCCUCACGUCGCUGGGCAACGACAACGGCGGCUCGCCGGGCGGACCGCCAGUGCAGACGACCGGCGUGAAUCGCGGCAAGGGACACUACGCGCGGUUCCGGCAGCACCAGGCCGAGACCGGAGUCGAGUCGGAGAAGCAGCGCAACAAGUUUAAUCCGUACUAGGAGCAGGCGGAUGCCUGCCCCGAGGUGCCGCCAGAUCAGGCCUGGAGAGGGAGCGGAGGGGAGAGGCCGAUCAACGAUUGAUAGUCGCUUAGUUUUGUAGGAUUUUUGCAUAAUUUGCAUAGCGUUGCGAAAGCUUUAGGGUUUAGGUUCUUGAACAAGAAGAAACAAAAAACAGAAAUGUAUAAAUUCGCUUUAGUUAUGCGUGGGUACACGAUGCUACCAGAUACCCACAGAUACCCAUACCCAUUGAUAGGGUACGCCCCCAUUCGUAUUCAUAUUCGUAUUCGUAUUCGUAUUCGAAAUUUCAAGACAAUUUUUACAUCUAGUUGAAGCCUCAGUAUCCGAGUAGUUGAUAGACUUAUGCAAUAUUUAUCAAUGUUUUCGAAACACUUAACUAAACGAAAGAUAGAAAGAUAGAACCGCCAGUUAGGGCAGCUAUAUAGUAUCCAUAUAUCGUACAUUUACUUAAUCGAUCGGAAAAGAAAGAAAACAAAACAAAAGAAAAGAAAAGAAUAGUAAAGGAAAGCAAGCACUUGAACAAUAUUACGCGUAUCGAAUAUUUAGGAGGACAGAGCCAUCAUCUGUGAGUGGCCCAAUCAAGAUUUACUGACCAAGUGACCAAGGACCCUAGUUAACCCAAUUCAUACGGAGUUAUAGAUUUUCACACCAGCCAGCCAGCCAGCCCCCUAACCUACCCUUCCCUUCCCUUUCCCAAAACCUUUUGAUAUAUCCAACUAAUAUAUACAUACCUACUAUAUAUCGUACAUUAUAGAAUUUGCCAAAUUUUAGCGCAUCUCAAGUAGAGUUCUUCGAAGCAUAUACUUAUACUUAUAGUUAGUACCGAGUAGAUCACAUUAGUCGGAGUCUAGAUCGAAUAUCGAAUAUCGAUAGAGAACAGGAAACGAGAGCAUAAUUUAGCCGCCACCACAACAAUCUUUCCCCAAGCCCAAGCCAUUCAUAUUGUAACAUAUAACACACGCUCCAAUAUCUGAUAAUCCAUUUUACUCUUUUUAGGUUUUAAGCACAAUGUAUUUUCCCCCCCCCAAAAAGCAUAUGUAACCCCUAUUCCUCUAUACCUAUACCUAUACUCCUAUCCAUAUACAUGCCUAUACCUAUACUUAUAUCUAGAUUGUAAGCAUAAAGAUCCAAAAGCCAUUUGUCAAGAAGCAGCAGCCGAAAGCAUAUGAAAAAUGAGAUGAACUCAAAAAUGAAAAAAGAAAGAAAGAAAGAAAAAAAAAACAAAUUAAAGAACCUUCUAUAAGAAGUGAACAAAACAAAAAUUCCAAUUCGUUGAGCCCCCGCCGCCGGUGCCAAAUCUCGGCACGGGAGGGGGGGAGGCGGGGCCAACGACCUUUAUGGACCAAUUCGCUCUAAUUGACACAAUCCACGCAAUGAGCGUACAAAAACCAAACUAUUUGAAUAGAGAACAAAAUACACAGAGAGAAAGAACAGAGAAGGGCCAACUGAAGAAGAAUUGAGUUGAAAAUGAAGAUGGAGAUGGAGAUGAAGUUGAAGAUAAAGAUAAAGAUGAGAAAGAAAAAAGUUAUUAUGUAUUAGACUUGAAGUCUUCAAUUGUUUUACCCACUAUAUAUUUUUUAUUCCACGUAUCCCCCCUCCCGAAAUGGAAAUCCCCCUGAUUUUUUAUGUAUUUAUGCGAUUGUUAUUAUUUGUAAAAAGAAAAAAAAAAAGAAAACAAACAAAAAACUGUUUUUGAAUUGGUCGAAAAUGAUGUUGAAAGUAUUUGGAAAUUGAAAUUUCUCUACCCUUAAUGUACACGACAUAACUGUAGUUGUUAAGCGUAUACCAUAAAUUUAUGAUUUUUUUUUUCAUAUUAUUAUAAUUAUUAUUAUUAUUAUUACCAGUAGACGUAAGACACAAAGGACACACCAUAUGUAACACCUUAAGCUAAGCGGGCUUACGAUUUUAUAACCAAAUUACAUAUAUAAAACCUAAUUAGACAUAUACAUCAUACAUACAUGCGAACAUACAAACAUACAAAACAUACAUACAUAUAUGCAAACCUACUUAUACGAAAACCAUUUAGAACGAGAGUUUGUCCAGAGACAUUGGAACGGCACGAACGCCACGAAAACUCCCCUUAUAUUUGAAUGUAAUAAUAGUAAUUCUUGACUUCUACUACAAGAACAUAUACCUACAUAGAGACACACAGCUGUAUAGCUAAUACAUACAUACAUAUAUAGAAAGCUUUACCUGCAGCUCCUCCUCCUCGUUCUCGCAAUGGAGGAGAUCGGCCGCAGUAAACUCGAUCUAUUUAUAUGCAAAAUGAAAUCAAUGAUGGAAACUACAUGAGUUUGUAAUAAAGUGAAAAAUGAAUACUAAAACUA